GAUCAGAAUGAACCACGGUCUCUGGUGAACAGAACCCUGACCCGGUUUGAGUCUCCUGGUGGUUCUGUUUACCUGCCCUCUUCAUACCUGUUAAGUCUCUAAAGCCUGUAAUCCCUCCCACCAGCUGAUUAAAACACACACACUCCGGCCCGGGAUCAGAUGUCUUGUGUGUGUGUCUCCAGAUGUUCCCCUCUGACCUAUUCUCCACACGCUGAUGCAAACAGCUUAAUGCUGUUUGGAUCAGCGCCACCGGGUGACAUUUAAACAUCUUUGUUGGGUUGGGGGGGGGGGUCAGAUCAGGCUCCCUUCCUUUCUAAUGCUGCCCUCCCAACCUCCCCCAAACACACACACACACACCAUGAUAUUGCCACCUCCGUGCCUCAGUGUCCAGAUGAUGUUCCUCAGACUUCUGAAGGCUUAAAGGGGUCAGUGAUAUGGGUUGGUGUGUUGAAGCCGAUGGAAGGUGUGUGUGUGUGUGUGUGUGUGUGUGUGUGUGUGUGUGUGUGUGUGUGUGUGUGUGUGUGUGUGUGUGUGUGUGUGUGUGUGUGUGUUAGAGAGGGGUUGUCUGAUGAUGUUUGACAGGAAGUCCAUCUGAACCAGAAUGCUCACAUUUAUUGUCUUUAUUUCAUUCUCAUGUAUUAUUUAGUCAGGAUUAUUAUUUUCUAAUUAGAUGAUUUAAUACUUUUUAUUAAUAACGUCAGUUUAGAUGUUUCAGAUUUUUUUCACUUCUUUAUUAAUUGAUUUAUUUUUCUCUAUAUCAACUCCAAACUGUUGGAUUUUCCUCCACAGAGAAACGUGUGUGUGCACGCGCGCGUGAGUGUGUGUGUGUGUGUGUGACGUCUGAAUUACAGGUGCUAAUUAACCGUCCAUGCCAGAGCGAGGUAAUCGGUGUGUGUGUGUGUGUGUGUGUGUGUGUGUGUGUGUGUGUGUGUGUGUGUGUGUGUGUGAUGAGGAGAGAGAGAGAGCAGGAGAGCGACUCUUAGGCGGUGGGUUCAUUUGGACUCUGAGCUUCUUCCAUCAGUUGAAGCGGAUUUAUUCACUUAGAUGAGAUAAAAUUAUCUUGAUCAUUCACCUGAUCAGCUCCUCCAAUCACAGGUGAGUUUAACUUUCAUCACCUGAAGUUAUUACAUCCUUCUUUUAUUGCUGCUUGUUCGUGUUACACAUUUAACUAGGUGUUUUAUUUAAAAGUCUUAUUUGUUUUGAAUGGGUUUUUUUUUGUACUUUGAGUUCUAAAUAAUUAAAAUUUAUUCAGAAAAUGAAAUUCUGUCACCUUAAUUUAAUUGGUAAAUGUUUUUAAAUAUUAACAUUUAAAUAUUAAACAUUUAUUUUUAGUGGAAAUAAUUUUAAACAAAACAAACAAAUGUCCUAAUUAAACAACAGUUUUCAACUCAGUGCAGGUUUUAUUAUAAAAGGUAGUUUUUAUGUUGAUGUUUGUAUUCAAAUCAUGUGCUUAAAUAUUUCUGCUGUAGGAAUGUUUCUAAAUUUAGUUUUAAUAAUAGUAAUAAAAAAAGAUUUUAAAUUGUAGGAGAGCCCUACGUGUCGGUGCGUCUCUCCAUAACUUUGAUUGCUUUUAUAUAAUUUUAUUAAUUUUAACCACAUUAAAACAUUUAGAAAAAAUCUACAUAAAAAUUAACAUUUCACUUUUUUAAUUUAUAUUUUUAGCUUUUUCAAAAUUUGAAAACACAUUUUUAAUUUUAUAAUUUUAGGACAAAAAGCCAAUAAGCUGCUAUUUAAUCUUUGAAAUAACUUAUUUAUAUUUGUUCUGUAAAAUCUUCUCUUUACUGUUAUUUUGAUUAGUGAUUCAUUCAUUUUUAUGAUAAAUGUCUGUAUUCAAGUUGUUGUUUUACAAUUUUUUUUCCCAUUGAACGCCCCACCAUAAUAAUCAGAAAAUACACACACACACACACGCACACAUUUUUGAUGAUACCAACAACAAUUAUAAUAUUACUGUGGUCAGUUAAAAACUAAAAUGAGUAAAUUAUUAUUAAUAUUAUUAUUAUUAUUUUAAUAAUAAUGAUAAUUUACAUCUUUAUCAUUGGGGCUAGGAUGCAUACGAUACUGGUAUGUUGAUUUAUUUUUCUUCUGUUUACGUGAACGUGGCUCAUAUAUCAGACGCCAAAGGGGCCGGCUCGGUCGGAGAGUUGUGCUCGUACCCUUCCUGGUGUUUAGAGUUACCGUGGUAAUUUACAACAAACCAUGUGAGAAACGCGCCACAGAAAAACAAAAAAGAGUCGGCCCAAUCCUCCCUGACCCCUGUGCUGCUUCUACAUGCUCCUUACAGCUGAGGCGCUCUGCUCCAGGAGGCCCGGCUACGUUAUGAUGAAGAGCCGCCUUUAGCUCCUGUUUGUAUCUCUAGGUGAAAGUGAGACCAGCUGCAGUGCAGACGUUUACCAGACUCCUUCUAUAGGGAGUCCUCUCUGGUGAUCCGCUCCAACAAGCUAAUUAAAAGCAACGCUGUCACCUCAACAAAACAUAAAAAUGCUGAAUUGUUUCAGAGCAGGUUGAGUGGGUUGUCCAUUAAUCAGAAGGUUGCAGGUUCAAUUCUGGCUCCCACCAGAAAACCUUACCUGCUGGUGGUGGUCAGAGUGACCGGUGGCGCCAGUGCUCGGCAGCCUCGCGCCCAUCAGUGUGUCCCAGGGCAGCUGUGGCUACAUCGUAGCUCAUCCCCACCAAAUGUGUGUGUGAAUGGAUGAAUGAUGCACUGUAGGGUAAAGCACUUUGGAGUCCUCUGACUCUGAAAGGAGCUAUACAAAUGCAGCUUAUUUAUCAUUUACCUUUUUCUUCCAAAACAAAGUGAAAAAACCAGAAAACAAAGAUUUUACAAUUAAACCAGUUUUGGUUUUAAUCAGAUUGUCAAUUAUAAAAAGUCUCCAGUAAAUCAGAUCUGAUCCACAUCAUUAAACAGGGUCAAAGGUCAGGGUUUGACCCACUGUUAUCUUUAACUAGAACAAGCCGCCUCUUCCAUAUUUGUAGUUCAACAUGUUAUGCUGGUUCCUCGUGUCUGUAUCAGCAGGUGGUUCUCAGAAAACAAAGUGUUUCUGUUAUAAAUCUUCUGAAAUCUGAGAUCCAGGUCCUCCUGGUUCUAAAGCAUCAGAACGUUCUGUUAGAGAAACCUAAAGAAGUCCGACAUUUCUCUGACUGUUCUACUGGGAGGGGUCAAACCUUUCACCAUUAUUACUAGUCUUUAUUUUAGGUGCUUCUGGUUUCCAGGAUAAAUACCAGAUCCAUCAGAGAUCAGAAGGAAACCAUACCAUCCAGUUCUGGUUGUCCUGAAGCAGAAGGAAUCAGAUAAUGCUUCCAGAACCCAGACUGGACAGAACCCAUUUUAUGAAAGUUCAAAUGAAGGCUUCUGCUGCUGUAGACCAACACCACUCGUGUCUUUGUCCAAGUGUCCAAAUGAAGGUGGAGGGGUUACAGGAGGACGGGGAGUGCGGUUCGAUUCCCUCAGCAGACCGUAGUUCUGGUGGGACGGUUUGCACCCUCGGGUCGGCAGAACGCUGCAUGUCUCGGCUGCUGAGUGCUGUGGAGAGCGAGCUCCAGGCCGGGCGAGAGAAGGGCGAUCCGACGGAGAGAGAGCUGAAAGUCACACUGGAGGACGCCGACCUGUGGAGGAAGUUUCAGCACAUCACCAACGAGAUGAUUGUCACCAAGAACGGACGGAGGAUGUUCCCUGUCCUGAAGGUCAGCGUCUCCGGUCUGGACCCCAGUUCCAUGUACUCCUUCCUGCUGGACUUCGUGCCGGCCGACACCUGUCGGUGGAAGUUUGUUAACGGGGAGUGGGUGGCGGCCGGCCGGGCAGAGGGGCGGAGUGAGGGGCGGGGCCAUGGGGGCAUCUACAUCCACCCUGACUCGCCAAACUUUGGGGCUCACUGGAUGAAGGCUCCUGUGAGCUUCAAUAAAGUCAAACUGACCAACAAGGUGAACGGAGGAGGACAGAUCAUGUUGAACUCUCUUCAUAAGUACGAGCCCCAGCUCCACAUCGUCUGCGUCGGGUCUCGUCAUCGUCUCGUCUCCAAUGUGUCCUUCAAGGAGACCCAGUUCAUCGCUGUCACGGCCUAUCAGAACGAGGAGAUCACGGCUCUGAAGAUCAAGUACAACCCGUUUGCUAAAGCCUUCCUGGAUGCUAAGGAGAGGAACCCGACAGCUCGGAGUGUUCCAGACUCAGCAGAGAACCGGGUGGCCCUCCAGUCCUGUUGGUCCCUGUGUUCUGCUGGAGGGGGCGGAGCCUUUCCUUACACUCCACUGGUGUCCCAUCAUCACCAUGGUUACAAGCAUCCCGGUUACCCAGGGAGACACACACCUUACCCCCCAACCUACCUGCCUCAUCGCCCGCAUUCUUCAGUCUGCUUGUCUGAAGGAGUUCAGGUUCUAACUGAAGGUUGGAGUAGCUCCUCUCCUCGUCCCACCUCCUCCCCUUCCUCCUCUCCCUCCUCCCUCUCUUUGACCAGCAGUGUUCCUUCAUCACAGCCGCCUCCUCCUCCUCCUCCUCACAGCUCCAGUCAAUAUCCCUGUCUGUGGACGGUCGGAUGCUCUGAGCUAAGCCCCUCUCAUUCACCGUGCGCCACUCUGCAUGGACCAAUCAGCAGUGAGAGCCUAAUGCAGCCUCCUGGCCGAGUGGGCGGAGCUGCAUGGGCACCUGGCCACACCCACGCUUUUUGAAGGAGGAAGUGAUUUGGGUCUUACCUUUUUUUUUUUUUAGUCAAACAAUACAAAUGUUUACGGCAUGAAUUACAGAUUCAUCUUCGAGGGGUAGAAAGGCAGUGAAAACAAAAAAUAACUAAAAAAUAAAACAAAAAAAUAAAAAUAAAGAAAACAUGAAUUAAAGUGAGGGAAUUAAUCAAGGAUUCCAUAAAGUUCAAAUAGAGAAUGUAAUUUCAGGGCAUUGUUAUUGUUCAUCAAAAAUAGAGAUUUUUUUUACAACAGUUGAAUUCAUUUUUCCAACUGUUGAUGUGGGAUUUCAUUUUGAGAAAUUUGCAUCUGUGGAUGUAGUGUUUGCAGAGAGUGAUCAGGUUGUUGACCAAAAAGUCCAGGUUUUUAUCCUUCAGAUUCAGAUUCAGAUCAGAUUUCAGAUUUAUUGGCCAAGUAAAAGUACAUUCACAAGGAAUUUGUCUUCGGUAGAUGUUCAGGUCUUCACCAGAUCUUCAGGUGUACACCAACUUUAAUACAAGUCCAUUUCAAAUGCUGUAAAGGAAUUUGUUUGGUUAACAUCCAGCUGCGAAAGAACAGCCAGAAAUCAAUGGCAAAAUCACAACUAAAACAAAUGUUUAUGUUUAUUUAUGUGGCAGACGCUUUUAUCCAAAGCGACUUACAAUUUCAUGGAGAGCAAAUAAUUCACACUUGUUCAAAUUUAUUUUAAGACCAGAUGCUUUGGCAAAUGUUUCUAAAUAAUGUACAACUUUUGGAAUUUGUCUUUCAUUCCGCAAGAAUAAACACGUGUCGUCGGCAAACUGACUUAUUACUAGCUUUUUAUGCAUAAUAUUUCAACCGUCAAUCUCACUGUUUUUAAUCCUAAUUGCUAAUAAUUCAGCUACUAAGAUAAAUAGAAGAGGGGAGCUAUUGCAACCUUGUCUAAUGCCUCUGCAAACAGGGAAUCUAGGGCAGGUACCAUGUUCCAAAGACACACAACUGUUUAUAUCCUUAUAUAGCAUAUUAACUAACUUAAUACAUUUCUGACCAAAACCAAAAUAAUUUAAAGAACUCAAUAUGAAGGGAUGCUCUACUGAAUCAAACGCCUUGAAGAAGUCAAGGAAGAGAAUGAAUCCUUCUUCAAGCAGUAUAUGCGAAUAAUCUAUCAGAUCCCAAACCAGACGAAUGUUGUUGUGAAUAGAUCUACCCCUUAAAAAAACAGAUUGAGUUACAUCAAUAAGUUGCUAUAUACCAUGUUUGAGUCUAGUUGCUAUACAACCUGAAAGUAAGUUAUAGUCAGUAUUGAGAAGGGUAAUCAGUCUUAAGUUGUCUAGAAGUCUUUUAUGUUUAUUAUGUUUAUUUAUUUAGCAGACGCUUUUAUCCAAAGCAACUUACAAUUUAUAACCUAUAGGGCAUGUUGUGAUCGGUGGGGUAAACCGGAGUAUCUUUAUCUAGUAUAGUUUAUCUUUAUUGUGUUUGGGAAUUAGCGUUAUUACACCAUGUUUCAUACUAGGCAUUAAUUCCUGUUUACAGAUGCAUUCUUGAAUAGCUUUAAACAAUAAGAUUCAGAUGUCUUUCCAAAAGAAGCAAUAAAAAGUUGCAGUGAGCCAAUUCGAGCCAGGGGACUUAUUCAGAGGAAUUUUCAAAAGGACCGCAUCUAAUUCUUCUAUUAUUAAUUCUGCAUCAAACAUUGUUUUGAAAGAUUCAUUAAUACAAGGUUUAAAAUUGGUAAUUUGGCUUAAAUAGUUUGUUGAAUCAGUUUGAGAGUAUGCCGAGGAAUAUAAAGUGUUAUGGAACGAGUGAACGUCUUUCUCAAUCACUUUACUAUCCCUGCAUUCUUUACCAUUAAUUAGCAGACUUGUUAUAGCUUUGCUUUCUUGUCUUUUUUUCUCCAAUCUACUGAAAUAUGCAGAAUUUUUUUCUUAAUCCUCCAUCCAUUUUGCUCUUGACCUUAUAAAGGAACCCUGUGCUCUCUUUAAAUAGAUAUAAUCAAUUUUGGAUUGUAAAAGCAAUAACUUUUCUUUUUCUUGAUUGGAUAAAGCAGGUUUGCUGCAGUACUCAUUGAUUUCCUUAAACAAGUUACCUUCUUCUUCCCUAUUUUUCUUAUUUAGGGUUUUGCUGGUUUGAAUAGAAAAUUAUCUUAUUUUGAAUUUAGGGAAUUCCCAUUUAUUACAAAAACUAUUUCUGCCAGUAUCCUUUUCAAUACUAGAUAUUAUUUCUCUUAUUUUGCAGCAGUAUUCAUUAUGUUUUAGUAGGUCAGAGUAGAAUUUCCAAUAGGCUUUGUUUUUUUUAAGUGAGAUUUGAAUUAAAAGUUAGCUGAAUUAUACAGUGAUCAGUUAAAUGAGCCUAGGAAAUUGAUACAUCUGAUGAAAAAGUCUGUAGCGAAUCAGCAAUAAGCCAGUAAUCAAUCCUAGAUUUAGCAGAAUUAUUUGGUUUGUGCCAGGUAUAUUGUUUUUCCCCUGGGUUCUGAGUUAUCCAGAUAUCAAUCAGGUUAUUAUCUCUGAUAAAAUCUUCAGUACUAGAAUUAAAAUGAUGAUUGUCAAAUUUAGAAGUCCAUCUAUCUACCCAUUCAUCGUGCACCAUAUUCCAAUCGCCUCCAAAUAUGAUAUAAUCAGUGGGAUGGAGAGCUCUAAGCUAAUCUAUUUCUAAAGUAAUAAUAUUGAAUGCAUGGGCUGCAUGGUGUCGCAGUUGUUAGCACUGUUGCCUCGCAGCACGAAGGUUGCAGGUUCGAAACUUGGCUGCAGCCUUUCUGCGUGGAGUUGCGUGUUCUCCCCAUGCAUGCGUGGGUUUCCUCCGGGUAUUCCGGUUUCCCCAUGGAUCACAACAUGCCCUAUAGGUUAUGAAUUGUAAGUCGCUUUGGAUAAAAGUGUCUGCCAAAUAAAUAAACAUGAACAUAAAUAUUGAACAUUUGCCUGUUAUGCACAACAGAUUUGUGGCCAUAUAUAUUCACUAAAAUCAAAAAAUGGCUUUCAAUCUAGAACUGCAGUUAUCCAGUGGCCCUCUUUAUCAGAUUUAUGUGUAAUUACCUCACCUAGAAAUCUAUGGAAACAUAUAGCUACACCAGCAGAUUUGCUGCUUCCAUGGCUAAAUAAAAUCCGAUCACCCCACAUAUUAGACCAGAAGUUUACAUCUGCAUCGGAAGAAUGAGUCUCCUGUAGAAAAAAAACAAUUUGCUUUCUGCCCUUUGCAAAACAAAAACAAGGAUUUCCUCUUUACCGAGUCCUUAAGUCCCCUCACAUUUAAAGAUGCCAAAGAAAUAGUGCAACUGAACAUUCAGAACAAUAAAAAAUAAAACAAAACUAACAAUGCAACUUGAGUGCUUAGAAGAUAAAACUAACUUUUCUUCUUAAUUAACCAGCAAGCAACAGUAUUCCUUGGUACCUUAAUUCACUCAAAAUGUGCAUUUUUAAAGUAGAGCCUUUUGGAGUUAGCCAAUUUUCCAACCUUCUAUGAAUCCAUGUGGUCCACGGUAGUAGGCACGCUUUCCUUCGCGACAAGCUUGCUCAAUCUGCAGCCAUGGCUUCUUCCUUGCCUCUCUAUCCUCCAGUGGCAUCAUCUCUGCAAAGCGAACCCCUCUUUCUUUGCACAACGAAGAAUCCUUGCUUUUUCACCAAAUCUCCUCCUUGGUCCCUCUCCGUACAAACAGCACAACCAGUGGCCUGUUGCGGUUGCUCUCCUUUGUUCCGACUCUAUGAACGACAUCCACAGCGUCUUCCAGCUGGCGUAGCUCUAGGUUUGGAGGAAUCUUUUUGAAGAGCUGCAUGGUGUCGGCACGAACGUUUUCAUCAGCUUUUUCCUCCAUGCCUUUCAGCUUCAGGCACCACCGCAUCUUGUAUCUUUCUUGUUCUCUGACUCUUUGUUUGAGCUCUUCGUAUUCCUUUUUCAUAACUUGAUUCUGUUUCUCUAAUUCCAGAAUUUUCUUCUUACAAUCCUUCACUUCCUCAGCGUUAUACUGCACCGCUUUUGAUAGAAGCGCUAACAUGCUAGUCGUUUGUUUGGCCUGUUCCUUUAAUUCGUCAAAGUUUUUACCCAUACCUUGAAUAGCGUCUAGGAUGGUCUGGUUAGAGAUCUCCAUUUCUCCUUUGCUUUUUUUUUUUUUUUUUUGCUGGCGGGAGGCUUUGUUGGCAUCAGCGGGGCAGAUCCAGUUUCUUUACGCUUGUUUAGCAUAGCCAUGCUAUCCACCAUAGCCGUGGUCACAGGCCUGCUCCGCCAGCGGUGGUUCCUCUUCAGUCGAUAUCACCUGGAAAUUUGAUUGCAUCCUUCUUUCCACCAAGUAAAAGGAGUUUAACCGGCUUCAGAACAUUAUUUUGGCUCACUUUGAAAUUCUGAGUGUGACUUUUAAAAGAAAAUUUGGGACAAACUGUUGCAGCCUUCGUUUCGCGCUGCUGUUCAACAGGCCAUCUUGCCGCUCCCUCCGAUUUGGAAUCCACUCAUAAAAAAAUCAGUUUACAAAAUCACAGACAGACAAAGAUGAUGUCAUUGCAGUUUUAUUUUGUCCAAAUAAAAACUCAAAGGUAUAACAUAAAGUCAUUUACAGGUGAAAUGUUUAAUAACUAGUGGUUAGCAUUUUUAAGAAAUACAAUUAAUUGAAUAAAGGCUUUUACAUGUGCAAAUGGAGCAAGGUGGAAAUAGCAUCAUGAAAGGAAACACAAAACCGGGGCAGCAGUAGCUCAGGUGGUAGAGCGGGUUGCCUCAUGAUCGGAGGGUCAUGGGUUCGAUUCCAGCUCCCGCCAGGGGUAUCCUGCUGUUGUGUCCUUGGGCAAGACACUUCACCCAACUUGCCUAUGUUAGUGGUGGUCAGAGGGGCCGACGGCGCCAAAUGGCAGCCUCGCCUCUGUCAGACCUCCCCAGGGCGGCUGUGGCUACAAGUAGCUUACCAUCACUAGCAGUGUGUGAAUGUGAGUGUGUGAAAGCGUCUUUGGGUGUCUUGAAAAGCGCUAUAUAAGUUCAAUGCAUUAUUAUUAUUAUUAAAACCGGAAGUUGCAGCAAAUUAAAAGCAUCAAAAACAUUUCAAGGGUUUUGUUUCAGAUUCAGAACCUUUAAUCUUAGAAUAAAAUAUAAAAUACGUUUUCUUCUACAAGAUCAAACAGCUGGAUGAAUCAUUUGAUUCAGGUUGAUUUUAUUUUUAGUUUGUAAUGAUGACUGAUAGAUCGGAUCUGUUUUCUUUACCUGUAAAUAUUAUUGUGAAAUAUGUUAUUUAAACAAAUUCUGUCUCAAAACGACUCUUCAUUAAAACAAUGAGUCUGUUUUUAUAUUGUUAUAAAAUAAAACUGUUCUAAUGUUUAACUCUGUGGCGUAAUGAUGCUCUCUUUGCGGAAACGUGUCACUGUUCUAGUGCAGCUUCUGGUCCUGCUUGUUUGUUUCUGUUUGUCAAGAAAAAAAAAGUUUAAAAGGUUUAAGUAAAAUGCAGAAAUCUUGUUGAUGGAACCUAAAUAAACAAUGUUAAAUGUUUUAUUGUUUUGAAAUGCAAUCGUUCUGGUCCGAGUUGUUUGUGACUCACGAAUCUUGUAAAAUUUUGUUAAGACUCAAAUUUUUAUCAUCAAAUAAAGAUGCAUAAGUCGCA